AUGGAGUCACUUGAAACUACUGCAGGGGUGAAAAGCUCCACUGAGGGUCGGGACAGAAAUGUUGUUGCACACAAAAUGUUCCCCUCAGCGGCAGUACAAACUAGGAGGAGUCGAUCAGUCGAAUUGGAAGGCGACGGGUGGCACCAACUACAAGAAGGUCAGAGUCGAGACACGUGUGGUUUCAAAGAAAUGUCGGACUCAGGAAAAUCAUUGCAAUUAGAAGAUCGGCACUCCCAAACUCAGUCCACAAGCCAUCAGGAACAUGAAGCGUCUUUGUAUCCAGAACAGUCCACAAAACCCUUUCCCGCUGGCAGGCAGAAAUCUGCAGGCGACUUAGUUUCUGCGCAGUCCCCUGGACCUCCAUCGCACCGGAAGAGCGCCAGUUCACCUGAAGCCCAACAACAGUGUUGCCAUCCAGGGAUGGAUCAGCUGUCAGACGCUGCGUGUAAAGUGGAGCAGAAACCACAAAAGCCUGGUAAGUAUGUUUGUGACUACUGCGGAAGGGCGUGCGCCAAACCCAGCGUGCUCAAGAAACAUAUUCGCUCGCACACCGGAGAGCGGCCCUAUCCGUGCGUUCCAUGCGGCUUCUCCUUCAAAACAAAGAGUAACUUGUACAAACACAGAAAGUCCCACGCUCAUUCGGUCAAAGCGGGAACGGUGCCACUCUCAGAACUCGGUUCUUACAAUGCCAACGCGGACCAGGGGUCUUUUGAAGGGGACGGGGAGUUGUUCUCUGAUGCUGAGCAAAGCACGGACACGGAUGAGGACGCUCUCAACGACCCGCUGCUGCUGCUGGACUCGCCGUCGGACGGAUCAGAUAACGCCGCUGUAAAAGUACUGAAUCUCACCGCUCAGAAAAGGGGAGCCUCGUCGCUCCCGGCUCAGGAUGGUCCACCCCAGCCCCACGAAAUCAAUGCGCGUCCCGCUGCUGCCGAGGCCGGCCGUGCAAUUCAAUCCUGCACGAUCAAACAGAGGCUCGCACUCCGGCUGUCUGAGAAGCGAAGCAGCGACUCCGACCACAAUCUGUCCCUCCCGAGCCAGUCGAGCAAGGGCAGCACGGACUCCGGCUACUUCUCGCGCUCCGAGAGUACCGAGCACCAGACCGGUGCUCCCAGCGCCAACGCAAAGUCCUAUCAAGAAAUUAUGUUCGGGAAGUGUUACAAGCCGAGCCCUAAACAGACGGAAGCUUUUGUGAAUGAAUACACAGGGAGACGCUCGGAGAAAGGCGUCUCCCGUGUUUACACCCAAGAAAGGGACACCGUUGAGCCGAUCAAAAUAAACACAAAGUCCUUCACGGCGGAGGAGGCGAAGGAGCCGCCGUCAGACACCGGCUCCGAUGCGGCGACUCUGAUGAGAAGCAACUCGAUGCCGACGUCCUCGGCGGCGUGUCUGCCCAUGCCUCAGGCCCUCAGAGGCAGCCACUCUUUUGACGAGAGAGCAAGCACCGGGGGCGCCAGGAGGCUCAGGCGGCAAGCUGCUUUCGAACACAGCGCACAAGACGGCCACGCAGACGCAGACGGCCACGGGAAGACGAGCGAGAGUGGCCCUAAACCCUCGGGAUUGGAGAAGGAAAACUACCCCUCGGUGACAUCUAACAUGUGCCACCACAGACACGCCAUGGAACUGGCGACACGCAAGCGUCGCAAAGAGAAGAGGGAAGAGGAAGAUUUGCAGGGUCAGUAUGAGGGCCGUCAAGAACAGUGUGAAGAAAUGUUUGACUCAAGUCUGGACUAUGAUUCAAAGCUGGCUGCCGUGGGCCUUAUCGCAUUAGGAAAAGGACUCUCUUUAAGUGUGCUAACGCAGAUGGACAGGUGUGACAUGGACAUAUCAGGGAGCCCUGAAAUGUCCGCUAGGAAAACGUUAGGGAAUGUAAUUUCUGUCAUCCAGCACACAAACUCAAUAAACAGGCCUCAGGCUGAACAGUCAGAAUUACACCAGUAUCACGGGCAGAGGCAGGAGAGUAUCUCUUCUUUUCAAGCUAUGGAGGCGAGGGAAUCAUAUGAGUUGGAAAGGAGUGAUAGCGGGCUGAGGCAAUCGUUUCAACUGGGCCCAAAACUUGUGCGGCAGCCCAACAUACAAGUCCCAGAAAUCCGGGUCACAGUAGAACCCGACAGUCCAGAAAAAGCUCCCGAGGUGCAGGUGAAGGAGCCAGAGAAGCACGUGGAGGAGUUCCAGUGGCCUCAAAGGAGUGAAACUUUAGCACAAUUCCCUCCAGAGAAGCUGCCUCCAAAGAAGAAAAGGCUACGCUUGGCUGAUAUCGAGCACUCCUCUGGCGAAUCCAGUUUCGAGUCCGCCUGCACCAGUCUCUCCCGCAGCCCGAGCCAAGACAGCAACUUGUCUUACAGCUCCGCCUUCUCCUUUGACAGGGAGGAGAGCCUGAAGUCAGUCUCUCCAGCCAGGCAAGAUGAAUUUGGCAAACCACUUGAGCUCUUAGCAGUGCCAGGGAGCGGGCACUCCCUCGCCGUGCUCAGCCAGCGUCAACAACACGAAAUGAGACGCUCCGCCUCAGAGCAGGCGCCGUGUAACUUGCGCAAGGAGUUCCCGGAGGUACGCAGCAUAUCAUUUGACUAUGGCAGCCUUUCUCCAGCGUCCAAAGUUAGACCGGUGGACAUCAGCCUCUCGGCUGUGAUGGAGAGAAGGAAGGGAAACUUGGUGCGUCAGGAAUCAUUGAACAUGGACACAGAGGUAACACAAGUCCCGUCGCAGGUGUUUGCGCGGCCCCUCGGCAGCACCUCCCCUCCAUUCACCGCACUCGCCGUUCUGCCGCAGACGUUGCCAAUAUUCUCCACGGGGAGUACAUUCCCCCAGCUGUCACAUCCAAGCCUUCUGGUUCCCGUAAGAAUACCGACUCAUGUGCCGUGCUACGGCAGUAUCACAUACACUUCAGUAUCGCAGAUUUUUGACAAUCAGCACGACGGAGACUACCGUCUGUGUGGAAAUCUCGAGUCUUGUGCCGGACCGCCUUCGACGCACACGCUCAGUGUAGAAGCCCCCGAUUUGUCUUUGGCUAAGCUCAAGACCGGCAUCCCUCUCUCUCUGACAUCCAGAACCAUCUCAACCACUAACGCCUCCAGUGGCGGCGCCAACAAACGCAUGCUGUCCCCUGCCAGCAGCAUGGACCUGUUCCUGGAGGUCAAGCAGGAAAAACGGGUGAAAGAGGAAAGAAUGUUUGGGCAGAUAGUCGAGGAGCUGAGCGCCGUGGAGUUGGGAAACUGUAACUUGAGCGAUGAGAAGGGGCACAGGUCAGAGAUGCACCGCACAUCUACACCUCAUACUCAGGACGACUCGCGUAUGAGCAAAUUGACCACGCUCCAACUGGAAGUGACAGGGGCCGCUGACCCCGGCGUCGAGUCAGCAAUGGAAAGCAGCUCACCUCCCGACUCCGUGGUGUCAGUCAGCGGAGUGAAAGACGGCGGCGUGCAGAAACAUGUGCAGAUGGACGCGGUGGCACAGCGGGUCUCCAGACAAGAUAUCCUGAUCACUCACACCGAGGACUCAAGACUGUUAUCUCAGUUUCCGAGUCUUCGCACCACGACAGGAGUGAGCUGGUGUUACCUGAACUACACCAAGCCGAGCUGCUCUCUCGGCGCCGCCCCUUUCUCCUCCGCGUACACCACCUGGGGUGUGAGUUCCCACAACCCCAACCCUCUCGAGCUGAGCACCAGCGCAGCUCUGGCUCUGCUGCGGUCCAAACAGAGGGGAGACAAGGUUAUAUACAGCGUGGCGGCUAUGUGCCGGCCUGGCACGGGGAAACUGGUGUCAUCCCUCAUCCUGUGGAGGCAGAACAUGGAGCAGCUGCAGAGGAAACCCGAGCCCAAAGAGGUGGACAUCACCUACGGGAAGAAGAUGAAAGACAUCAGCUGCAGAGUGAAAACCGCCAGGGAGGAUUGGAAAGAGAGGGAGGCUUCCACGACCCAAACAGUGCCAACGCGCAUUAAGAUCUUCGAGGGAGGGUACAAGUCCAAUGAAGACUACGUGUACGUCAGAGGUCGAGGCCGGGGGAAAUACAUUUGUGAGGAGUGUGGGAUUCGCUGUAAGAAGCCGAGCAUGCUGAAAAAACACAUCAGGACCCACACAGACGUAAGGCCGUACAUCUGCAGGGUCUGCAACUUUGCCUUUAAAACUAAAGGAAACCUGACUAAACAUAUGAAGUCAAAGGCACACAUGAAGAAAUGUCUUGAACUGGGAGUGUCAGUGACGAUGGAUGACACGGAGAUACAGGAACAAGUGGACGACAGCCAACAAGAGUCCAAGACAGAGGUGACCAUCACAACCAAACACCAGUUCUCAGACGCCGAGGACUCCGACGGCAUGGACGAAGACGUCGACGAAAUCGACGAAGACGACGACGACGACGACGAAUACGAGGGCGACUCCACUCCAAGGCUGCGUUCGAGGAGCACCAGUCCUCAGACGUGUGGGCCGACCUCUAUGUCAGUCUCGGCCGCCGCCGCCCUCCACGUCUAUUCCUUCGCCUCUCCGCCGGGCGCCGAUGUCCGCCAGCAGUCCUCCGACAGGCGCACGGGCUCGGACCCUCGAGCCGUCCAUGCAACCGUACGGAGGGAGAAGUCUUUGGACGACGACUCUCUGAGCGUCCUGUCUCCGGACCAGGCCGGCUUCCUAUUUGACCCCUACUCUUCCUGUCUGCUGUCUCCUGGUUGGGAGUCUCCCAUCAGGGAGCCCUCCCCUUCACGUCUGCGCUACACGUCCCCGAGGCGAGAACUCUCUCCUCGAGGUCGCUCCUCUCCCAGGUGGGAGACCUCCCCGCUGAGGCCCAGCUCGCCCGGCGUCACACCCAUCCAGCACCUCUCCCCGGUCUCCAUCGAGCGGCCGGUGUCUCCUGGAACCGAGCUGGCCGGAAAGAGAGAGUCCUCGGUCAGAGGUCGGCAGAGAGUCGUGCUGAGGGCUGUUUCGCCCCGCAGAGGCUCGCACCAACACAGAGGCAGCGGUGAUAAAACCCGUCACCAGGCGAAGAUGGAGAUGGCUCAGCAUGGAUCCUUUGAGAUGGAGAUGGAUGAAAGGAGCAGCUUGGCUUCAAAUCUGCCCGGUCCUUCCAGUUCUCAUCACCAGAACAUCCUCAGCCACCUCCCUCUUCACUCCCAGCAGCAGACCCGCAGUUUGCUCCCCGUCGUUCCUGUGGGGGGGCUCCAGAUGCUGCACACCCCGCCUUCCUCCAGCACCGAUGUCACCCUUCCCUCGGCACCAAGCCCCCCGAGCAGCGAGCGCCGGCGCUGCAGCAGCAGGCAGGGAUCUGUCCACGGGCCUGAGUCUGGAGGAGAGGACGGCGGGGACCAGAACCAGCUGUCCCGCCAGGCCUCUGAGGAGAAAAGCCUCGACCCCGGGCCCGGGGACAGUGGACCGGAGGAGAGCGUCCAGACGUGCUUGAAAGCCAUUGCUUCGUUGAAGAUCACCACAGAGGAGCCUCACUGAAGGAGAAGACAGCCCCUCCUCGGCGCUACACCUGCGACCUUGUUCGCCCUCAGCCCUUUAGGCACAUAACCUCAUCUUUAUCCAAUUAGAGGCAAUAUCAUAACAAUUCCUCGGGUUUUGCACAUCCUCCAGACGGCUCCUUUUUAGAUCUGAGUGGAGAUGAAACCUUCACAAUGAAGAAACCCACCCUGUCUGAUGUCCUCUUCUCCUCGGAGACUCUUUGAAAUGAUUGGACGAGCAGCAGGAUGACUUCUGAGGUGGAGAAUCAUUAUUGGGUGCAGGUGCAAUAUGGAAAGAUAUUAUGCUAAUAUGCCUUUGUCUGACAUAGUAGUUUGCGUACUAUUGCACAUAAAUUAUAUUUAUGGAUUCUGUACAAAUUUCCUUAACAUAUACUCCUUCUUAGAUGCAUACAAACAGUGUAUUUUACUGUAUGUGUACUUUGAAAAUAGACUGUUGUUUAAUGUAAUCAUAUCAAGGUGUUACUCAGUAGUGCAGUAAAUAAAGACUAUUCAUAAGGGGAAAAGUAUGUGUGUUAUGAAACAGUCUGACCAAAUUUUAAGUAGAUGCUUCUUGUGCAGUUUGGUGCUUCUAAUCAAGCGGCAAGAGUCUGUGCCUUUAUUUUGCUUUUCAUCAUUUUGUUAUGAGAAGGUCGUUGUGGAAUACAGAAAUAUGUCGAGGAAGAAUUUAUUCAGAAGUGUCAGCGCUGUCAAAGAGUUCGCUCAAAGAAAAGCUUUUUAUUUCUUGUUCCGUCAGUUAUGCUGUCAGACGGAUGCAGCUUGAUUUAUGUGAAACAAUCUUAAAAAAUGUUUCUUAUGUUGCAAUUUUUUAUAAGUGUUGUGGUUUUUAUCUUGGUAACAAUGCAUGGGAUUUGCUAUUGCACAAAAUAGAGGAAGUUAUUAUGUAAUUAUGAAUACUGUAAGAUGUAUUUAUAUAUUAGAACGUGAGCACUUAUUGAUACUGGUAAAAAUUUGAAUACUAUUUAUAUGGUAUAUCUGUACUUAUGCAGCAGUGAUGCGGUUAUGCAGUGAGCCACGCUGGUGUUGCUUUCGGUAUCUUGUAUUUGCUUUAAUUAAACAGCGUUCUCUCUCUCACACACACACACACACACAGACGACCGCGAGCAUUUUAUGAUUUUGACGAUGCACUUUCAUCUUUUGAUCUUUGAUGUUUAACUGACGUGGUCGGUGAAUUUAAGGGAGUAAAACUUAUUGUGUUCUUGUGGUGUUUGAAACAUUCCAGUCGUUUUUUUCACACGUUGCACACUAAUUCAAGGGGCUAUGAUGAUCAGUCAAUAGUAUGUUUUCUUGCAUUUCAAGUGUAACUGGAUGAAUCAAUAUCACUUUACUGUAAGUAAUUCUAAAGUAAUGAUGUUAACAGGGUGAGUUGGUUGACCGUGUUUCAGCUCAAAAUGUCAGUGAUCUUUCACCAAAUGCAUUACUUCUCUGUACAUAUAUGUGUAUUUUUAUGAUUUAAACUAUUUUUGCAGUGUUGAAUUCUGAGGACUUUUUAUGUGGAUUGUUUAUAUCUCUUUGAGAGGUAACAAGUCUGCAGUUGACGUGACGGAGGUUUAACGGGGGCGAAAAUAGCACAGUGUUGAUCGCUAACUCCGUGUGUCUCACCUUUGAAAAAAUAAAUACGGUGCAUUCACGUCUUCAAGUGGCAACGUUACCGGUUUGAGAAUGAAUUUUCAAAAUCAGAAAACACUUUGUUCACUCAUGUUUACAUAAAACAAUUUAGAAGGUGCACUGCUUUUUUCCUUUUCUGAAGAUUGAUUUCAUGUGUUUUUAUUUGUCGUACCGGUGCAGAACGCUCACAUAAUGUGAAGGGAAAGUGAAGCCUUCCAUUUGCUUUGGCAUACAGUAUGUAUUCAGAUUGUGUUUGUGUUUUGUUUUUAUUGUGUACUUAUAUUUACUGAACUGCUUUGUGCCUCUCAUGUCCAUGAAAUUCCCUGUAAAACACACAGAGGACAAAUCAUUUUACCUCUCAGCUAAGAUCUUUUGAGGAGAACCCCCUCAGUAGCCGACCCGUUGUUUAGCUUUCUGCAUCGAAGCUGGUUAGUCAGGACGGAGUGCCUCUUUUAUGCUACGGGGACUUUAUUGUUUGGUGCUCUACUUUUUCAGAUUAAAUUCAAAAUUGUUUUAAAAGAAUAUA